AUGACGAAGGUCCCGGACUUCACCCCCGAGAAGUGGGACAAGUGGCUUAAGGAUAAGAAGUACGCGGAGGACCGCGUGGAGGACCUGGAGGAUGAGCUGGACCGGGCCCUCGACGAUCAAGAGAAAGCGGCCCAUGCCGCCGACGAGCUCAGGUCCGAGCGAGACGCCGAGAAGAGGCUUCGUGUGCAGGCCGAGAACGACGCGAGGAGGGCCAAGGCGGCCGCCGAUCAGGCCGCCGCCGCCGCCGCGGAGGCCUCGCGGUCGCUCAAGCUGGGGGAGAAGCAGAUCGGCGGCAAGGGCAAGGACGGGGAGUCCCAGGAGCUGCGCGUGGAGAUCCAGCAGCUCAAGGCGAAGAACCACGGGCUAAACACGCAGAUGGAUGCCCUUGCGGCGGACCACGAGAGGCUGGCGAGUCUCCUCGACACGGCAGAGAAGGACAAAGAGUCGAUGGGUACAGAGGCGGCGGAGCUGAGGAAGGUUCUUGCUGACCUCGAGCGAGAGAAGGCGGAGGUCAUCGCGGAGAAGGAGGCCAAGAUAACGGAGUGGCAGGCGCUCUUGGCGAGCACCGAGGAGAUGAAGGCCGAGGCCGCCCGGCUGGAGGCACAGAACCACAAGCUCGGCGACGAGCUGGACCGGCUGGCCCCGUCAGCCUCGCCCGCCAAGGAUAAGGAGGCGGCCGCCGCCGCCACCGCGAAGCUGGAGGUUGCUGCGAAGUCCCUGACGGAGGCGGAGGAGAGGGCUGAGACGGCAGAGGGGCAGCUCACCACGCUUCAGACUGACCUACGGACGGCUCGCGAGGAAAUAGACGCCAUGCGGGACGAGGCGGAGCUGAAGGCCGGCGCGGCGCGGGAAGGAGUAGCUAUUGCGGACGCGCAAACGGCGAAAGCGACGGAGGAAGCCAAUUCCUUGAGGGACGAGUUGGCCGCUCUCCGAGAACACCAGGCGGAGUCGGCGUCGGAGCAAGAGGGGGAGCUGUCCUCGGCGCGAAAGAAGGCGGCAGACCUGGAGCACAAGCUCGCGGCCGUGCAGCAGCAGAUGGAAGGGCAGGAGCAGGAGCUCGCGGCCUCUCGGCAGCAGGCGGAGGAGCACGGGGUGCGGGUCAAGGCCCUGGAAGAAAAGGUAGCAGACUCGGAGCGGCGGCUGGAGGACGCGGGGCGGAAGGUGGAGGAGGCCGAGAACCUCGCGAGGAAGGCUGUGCAGGAGCAGCAAGCGGGCAAGGAGAAGGGGUUGGCGGACGAGGAGGCUAAGGGCAAGGACCAGGAGAAGCUUGCGGCCGUGCGCCAGCAGGCGGUGGAGGCGCAGGCCAUCCGCAAGGAGGCGGAGGAGAAGGCGCUAGAGAAGUCAGAAUCGGCGGCGGCGUCCAUGUCUGCCGCGAAACAAGACGACCAUGCAGACGAGGAGGGGACGAAGGACCAGCUGCUGGAGAUGAUGAGCCUUCUCAAGGAGGCCGAAGCGGCGAAGCAAGCGGCGCAGGACGAGCUUGCCGGGAAGGACGAGAAGAUCGAAGAGCUGGAGGCGAAGGUUCUUGCGUCGUCAACGUCCUCCCCUCCCAACGGGACCGCCAACACGGGCGGCUUGCAUCACGACUCCGGGUACACCGCGGAAGGUGGUGCCGCGAGGUCGUUGGUAGGGGACGGGGAAGCCGAGGGUGGAGCGGCUGCCGCGGAGGCGGAGGCCAACGGGGGGGAGGAUCUGUCGGCGAAGGUCGCGACGUUGCAAGCGGAGCUGGACGACAUGCACGCCAUGUUGGACAAUGUGUCUGCCGAGAGGGACGCGGCCCUAGGAGGAUCUUCAGCGGCGGCGGCGAAUGGGGAAGACUUGCCUGCCAAGAUAGAGACGAUGCAGGCGGAGCUACGCAGCACCGAGGCUCACGGCCUUGCACCGCGAUCCCGAACAGGACAAACAUUCCUCCUGCGAUUGUCUCCAGACAACUGACAGCUUGUCCCACGUCGUGUCGAUCAAUUCUGCUGCCCCUUCCCGUUCUGCUGCUGCUGCUGCUGCUGCUGCUGCUGCUGCUUCCGAUGGGAAUAAAACGAAACCGCAGCUGGAUGACGUACACGCAAUGUUGAACAACGUGUCCGCCGAGAGGGACGCCGCCCUCAACGACCUCCGACGGGCGGGCGGCGUGGGAGAAGCCGCCCGCAGGGGCGGCGGCGCCGACGACUUGACUAGCGGGGAGGCCGGAUCCGAGGAGGAGGUGCUGCGGCUGAGGCGCGACUGUGACAAGCUACGCGAUCAGGUUGGUCGGCCCGGUGUUUUUACGAGUACGAGUGACAUGUUUAACGCAAGAAGUUUUGUUUUUCUGGCACAACGACACAUGAAACGCUUCAAGCCAACACUUGUUGUCCAACAAAAACGCGAGCGUGCUGUGUUUGAACAGUUUUAUUUGUUUUGUAACGUUUCAUGCGUUUUUGCAGAAACGCUUCAAGCCAACACUUGUUGUCCAACAAAAACGCGAGCGUGUUGUGUUUGAACAGUUUUCUUUGUUUUGUAACGUUUCAUGCGUUUUUGCAUUGUAUCGUGUUCUUGUUUGGACACUGGCUGUGUUUGAUGGCGACUGUAUCUCUUUUUGUCCUGUUGACUUUGGUUUAGGCGUUUUACAGACGUUGCUGAUGCUGUUGGUGCUUG